AUGCUUUUUAUACAUUUAGCACAAAAAAUCUUUGCAACAACUUUUGAUGAAAACUAUGUUAGAAACUAUGAGAUACCAAAUUUAAACAAUCAUGAAGUCAAACAAUUUCAAAGAAUCGAAUCUUUUAAUAAAUUAUCGUAUAACGAUAAACUCGAUAUAUUAAGUCAAUGUAAUAUUCUACAAUUGUUUAUUAGAGAAUGGAAUCGAAGAUUAACAAAUAUUUCACAUUUUUUUACAGAAUGUGUCUACAAAUAUAAAUUUACACAUGAUUUAUUACAAGAACAAAUAACUUAUAUGAACCAGUCAGAAAUUUUAAAGUUAAAAUCUUUUGUAAAAAAUAUUGGGUUUCAAUUGGUAACAAAUGCAACAAAAUGGUAUAAAUCUAAAGAAUUUUUUAAGUUAAAUGACAGUAUUAUUGACAAUAAAAAGAAUAAAAAAAUUAAAACCAAGGAUAUAUUAUUUAUAUAUAAUUUAAAAACUUUAAGUUUUUUUAAUGAAUAUUUACAGCACAAUAUUGAAGUAGUAAAGAUGUGUCGAGAAAUAAAGCCUAUGUUGGAGAUAUUAUUUAAAAAAAUUGAACAUACAACUUAUAAAAAAGCUGUUAUUUCUUAUAUUGAAUUUGUUGAAAAAAUUUUGGAAUAUCAAGUUAUCAAAGAAAUUACAAAUCUUAUUAAUAUUCUACCCAUUUUGGUUUAUAGGGGUGAUUAA